AUGCAUCUACAUCAGAUUUUGACAGGAGCGGCCAAUACAAGUGAUUAUAGCUUUGCCGCAGGUAGUAUCGAUAGUGUUCAUUUUGUGGCAUAUGCAGCUGGAUAUAAUAUUGUGAUUCUAUCUGGUGAUUUUCAACGUGUUCAAGUUCUUCUAUCAGGAAAUGAGAAUAAUCAAUGUUUAUUAACAUGUAUUAGUUGUACAUAUGAAUCUGGCAAAAUUGUUGCCGGUUUUGGAAAUCAAAUUUGCGUCUAUGAACCAACACCUACUUCAGAAAGAUCAUUACAUCAUCAAGUUAACUAUCGUUGGGUAUUAACACAUACAUUGACAUGUUCGAAUGAAAAGAUUACAGCAGUUGCUUGGCAUCCGAAGGGGGAACAAUUGAUUGUUGUAUGUGAAUCGAAUUUACAAGUUUGGUUUAACCAAUAUGAUGAAAUUGAACCGCGAUCGAAUAAAAUUAAUUUUGAAUUGGGUGGAAGUGACAUGUCAGGAAAAUUAUCUGCUAAUGUUCCACCAAAAACAUGGCGCAAUGUUUGGAGUUACAAACCAGCAUCUCCAAUAAAACAUGUAACAUAUUCGAAUGACGGUACAUUAUUUGCCACUGCAUCACAAAAUGAUCGUUUAGUUAAAAUAUGGUAUCGAACAAUAGAUAAUAGUGCAAUUAUUUCAUUUAUGUCAACUUAUUUACCUCAUCCAAGAGCGGUUACUUAUAUAUCAUGGAGACAAACAAGUCAAUUCUUUGCCGAGGGUACAGUUGUUAAUUGUAUAUUAACAUGUUGUAAAGAUAAUAUUUGUCGUAUAUGGUGUGAAACUAUGCAACAAGAUGAAUCAUCCAUAUAUACCAAUGAUCCAACUAUGAUAACAACACAACGAAAAAGACAAAGUGAUUGUGUAGAUAGAAGUGUACAAAAAUUAUAUAAAAUGAGAUACAAUUAUUUCAUGCCAAUAAACAACAAUCGUCGCGAUCUAUCUUCACCGACAAUCAAUAUUGAUAAUCAAGUUCCUCAUACUCCUGCAUCGCUUAUAUCCUCUCAUGCAAUCUUUACAAAUGAUGAAGAUCCAACUGAUCAAACAGUCACUGCAAUAUCAUCAAAUUCAUCAUCUACACCAUCAUUAGCUCAACUUAAUGUUCUAGCAUCAUCAUCUUCUUCUUCAUUAUCAUCAACAAAUAAAUCUCUUCAAUUUCAUUUAGCAACAACAAUAAAUCCAAGUACAGAUUCACUUCUUGCACCAACAAUUCCAACUCAUAAAGAAUAUAUGUUUAUUGUACAAUGGUUAAAUAAUAAAGAUUUAUAUAAUUUAUUUUCUAUUGAACAAUUCAUUCUUGAUAUUCAACGAAAAGCUAAAGGACAAACAAUUCUUUCAACAACCAAUGAUACCGAUGAUACAAAUAGUAAUGAUACACAAUUAGAUCCUGUGAAUAUAUAUAAUAAACGUCCAACUAUUCAAGGCGGAGAUUUACAAUCAGAUGAUGCGAAACAUUUUGUACAAAUACGAAAUUAUUUAAAAAAAAUUAUUGAUGAAUGGAAAAAUAGUCCAGAUGUUGUAUUUAGUGUUCAUCCAAUUGAUGGUAGUCUUCUUUUAUGGGUCAUUGAUUGGCUUGAUCAACCAUUAUUAAAUACAACAAAAUUUUCCUCAUCAUCCCCAUCAUCAUUAAUUAAUUAUCAAAUGUUAUAUCGACAAGUUCAAGUUAGUUUUUCAGCACGUAUACCAGAUAUAUUUCCAUUAGGUGAUGCAUUAUCUUUACAACCACAUUUAAUAAUCUAUUGUAAUCAUUUUCUAUUUGAUCAAUAUUUAUCAUUAAAUCAAACCAAACAAAAACAACAUUUACCUAUUAUUAAUAUGAUAACAAAACAUACAAAUGGAACAUUAAAUUUAUGGUCAUUAACAUUUCAUCAACAACAAAAAUUUCAAUCAUUAAUAUGUGUUACACAUACAGCACGUAUGUGUGGUCAUCAUUUUCCUAUAAGACAUAUUAUAUGUCAUCCAAUUGUUCCAUUAGUUUUAACAAGUUCAUAUUAUGAUGAUAAAAAUGAAUUAAAUUAUGGUAAAAAACAACGUUAUGAUAAUUCAUUAAUACUUUGGAGUACAGAACCUAUUGGACCAUUGACAAUGACAGGUGGAAUAACGGAAUUAGCAAGGAUGGAAUCAGUUCAUAAUGGAGCAUUUCAAUUAUUAGCAUGGUUUCCAAUGGUUAUGCCUUGUAUGAAUAUUAAUUUAUUACGUGAAUCACCAAGUGUUCUAUUUUGUGCAUCGGACGGAAAACAUCUACGCAUUUAUCAAGUUGUAUGCAAUGCAAAAGUUUUAUUAACAACUCAAUUGUCAACUACAAAGUCUUGUCAAGUUAUUAAUGAUCCAGAUUCGAAUGCUAUGCGAACAUCACCUUCAUCUGAUUUAAGUGCAUCACGUAUAAAUGUUGUUAGUAAUCAAUCAACAGCUCGACCAAGUUGUGUUAUUAGUCUUGCGGAAAUUUCUGAUUCAGAAUGUACUUGGGCACAUGCAGAAUUAAUACAUAUAUUUCCAGCAAAUGCAAUCGAUGAUCAAACUGAUCAAACAUCUCUAUGUAAAAUAUAUUAUCUUGUUCUUGUUGAAAAAAAAUCCAAUGAUAAUAAUAAUAAUAGUCAAAGUUGUAUUCAUAUGUGGAAAAUAACAAUUACUUAUCCUGAUGAUGAUAAUCAAUCAAUAAGUAUGAAUAGUUUGGGUAAUGAUAGUGAAUGGUUAGUACAAGUUCAAAGUUCGAAAGUUAGCACAUAUAUUCUUCCAUUAAUUUCCAAUGCUGAACUUCAAUCUGUCGAUGUUGCAUUUGGUCAUUUAAGUUCCAGUACAUUGUGUUAUUCUGAUGCAUCAUCUUCAUCACCAUAUCUUCUAUCAACAGCACAUUCCGAUGGUAUAGUUCGUUUUUGGACAUGUACACAUCAAUCAUCAAAUACAUAUGAAUGGUCCGAAUGGUGUGGAAUAUCAACUGAAUGUGAAUUAAAUUCUCGUUUACAAUUUACUGGUCAACCAUUAGCAAUAAGUAAUGCUUAUUGUGGUCGUUUAGCCGUUGCUUUUUAUGAUAAACAAAUUCAAAUUGGUAUAUAUGAAUGUGAAUCAACAGGUGGUACAGCAUUUAAAUGUGAAUCAAUUAUUCCAAUAACAGAAAUACAAAAUCAAACAAAUCAUUUAUCUGUACAUUUUGAUUGGGCAUCAAUUGAAAAUGGUGCACAUUUAUUAGCAACAUCCAUUGGUACACGAUAUGUUUUUAUUUAUUCAUAUACUCAAACAUCACAAUGGACUAAAAUACGUACAAUUGAAUUAUCAUCAAUGAAUACAAAUUUAUUUUUAGGUCCAAAUUUAAGUUUAAAAUGGGUACGAGGUGGACUUUUAUUAAUUGGUCUUAAUAGUGAAUUACAAGUUUAUUCACAAUGGUCAUCAUUAAAACGACAAUGUCAUUCAGUUUUACCCGAACCAUUAAUAAAACCAAAACGUCGUACAAAUACAAUGACUAAUUUAAAAAAAGUUUUAACAAAUAAUGAUUUAAAUUCAAUAAAUAAAACUAUCCCGGAAGAACAUUCAUCAUGGUUAACAUUAGAUUCAAUUAAUGUACUUAGUUUAUUUCAUGCAGCUAGAAAUGCUGCACCUGUUUUACCACAAUAUCAUCCAACAUUAUUAUUAGAAUUAGUUCGUUUUGGUAAAUAUCGUCGUGUUAAAGCUAUACUUGCACAUUUAACACGUUGUAUUGUUAGUACAGUACAUAGUGUUGAAGGAAAAGUUGAAAUGAAAUUAAUGCGUAGUCGAACAUUUUCAAUAGCAAAUAAUGAUGAUAAUGAACCAUCAAUUGAAGAAGUUGAACAUAUGAAAUAUGUUGAAAUCGAUACAAUACCAUUAUUACCAUUAUUUGCUUUAUUUGAUGCUGAUCAUGAAAUAAUAACAAAUAAUGAUCAUAUGAAAACAACAGAUAAUAAUAAUAUGAAUAAUAAAGAUGAAGAUAUGAAUGGUGGAGAUAAAUAUGAUGAUUUAUUUACAACAUCAGCAUCACCAGAUUUAAAUCGAGAAGUCGAUUUUAAAUUUGAUGAAGAUCAUAUUCAAGAUGCUGAAAGAAAAAAACAAGUUGAAUUAAAUAAAUUUCGAAAAGAGUUAUUAUUAAAUCGAAAUUGGUCACCAGCAUUCGAUUCUCGAAUGGUUGAUUUACUUGUUGAUUAUUUUCAACGUGUUCGUUUAUCAAAUUUAACAAGUCUUGAACAAAUGUAUUUACUUGCUUUAGCUGAUACAUUAGCGAAUGCAAGUAAUGAAUCAUUUUCAAAUCAAACUUAUUCAAGUGAUAAACCAUCAAGUAAUCAAGAAAAAAAUCAAGUUUUUAAUUUUUAUCGUAAUUCGUUUUCUCUUUUAGAUACAAUGGAUGAUUGUGGUUUAAGAUUUUUAAUUGAUGUUCAACGUUAUAUUUAUCUAACACGAAUAGUUUCAACACCACAUGCACAAAAAGAUUCGGCAUUAAAUCAUAUUAUAACAAGUGCAUCAUAUGCAUGGGCAUUUCAUUCUGAUUUACAAGAAGAUCUACUUGGCAUGCUUCCAUGUAUGGUAAAAAAUAAACCAAUAUGGAGUGAAUUAAAAUUAUUUGGCGUUGGAUGGUGGAUUCGAAAUAAAAGUGUUAUCACAAGACUUUUUGAAAAACUUGGUAAAGCUGCAUUUGAAAUCAACAAUGAUCCACUUGAUAGUGCUGUAUAUUUUCUUGCACUUAAAAAGAAAAGUUUACUCUACAAUUUAUACAAACAUGUUCAAGAUAGUAAAAUGCAAGAUUUUUUUAAAAAUGAUUUUACUCAAGAUCGUUGGAUAAAAGCUGCACAAAAGAAUGCAUUUGCAUUAUUAGGUAAACAACGUUUUGAACAUGCAACAGCAUUUUUUCUUCUUGCUGGAAAAAUUCGUGAUGCAAUUGAAGUUGUUAUAAAUAAUUUACAUGAUAUACAAUUAGCUUUUCUAAUUGCACGUCUUUAUGAUGGUGAUGAACAAGAUUUAGUUAACAAUUUACUUAAUCGAGAAAUUUUAACUAAACCACAUUCCGAUCCAUUCUAUCGUAGUAUGGCUUAUUGGUUAUUAAAAGAUUAUGAUCGUUCAUUAAAUACAUUACUUCAUGAUGAUAAUUUUGAACAACACCAUUCGAUAUUUAUUUUUUAUGAUUAUUUAAAACAACAUCCACUUGUCUUACGUGCUAAACAAUUAUCAAAUGAAAAUUCAAAUAAUUUUUCUAUUGAACGUCGUGUUCAUUUUCAAACAGCUUAUUAUUAUUUAAAAAUUGGUUGUCCUUUAUUAGCGUUAGAAAUUCUUGCUAAAUUACCAGCAAAUAUUAUUUUAUCAAAUGAAGCUAAAACUCCAACAGAAACAAAAACUGAAAUCAAACCAAAAGAAACUGAAAUUGUUGAUUGGGGUCAACCCGUAUCAAAUAAAACUGAAGAUGAUGAAUUAAAACUUGAUUGGAGUGACGAAGAAAAAGAAGAAGAAGAAAAAAUCGAAGAACCAACUCCGAAAUCAACAACUCAAAUAGAUGAUAAACCAGUUAAACAACAAUUUGAUACAAUUGGACAAUAUAUGAAAUUAAUUUGUUGUUUAAAAAUUAUUGUCGAAGAAAUGGCAACAUUAGCAACAGGUUUUGAAGUUGCUGGUGGACAACUUAGACAUCAUUUAGCCUGUUGGCUUGAACAAGAAAUUGGUGUAAUUCGUCAACUAUGCAAUUUAAAUACAUCUACUAAUCUUGAACCAGAUGAGCCUAGUGAAAAUUUCGAUGAACCAAUCUUAUCGGAUAUUGCUGAUGAACCAAUUCAACCAUCAAAUACAUUUUCCGGUGUUGAAUCACCAUCAACAUCCUAUGUUCGUACAAGUACAUUAGAAAAUAAAAUGAAACGUUUAUCACGUCGUCGUCGUUGGCUUAAAUCUAAUGAACAUCUUCUUCGUACAUUAGUUUCUUUUACAAGUCUUCAUGGAAUGCAUGGCGGAGGUUUAGCGUCCGUUCGAAUGGAAUUAUUAUUAUUAAUGCAUGAAUUAUAUCGUGAUCGUCGUACACAAUUGAAAUAUCCAAUACCAUUUCCAACUCAAGUACCAUUAUUAAUUGCUAAUCUAUCUGGUACAUUAAGUGUUAGUAAUAAUGCAAUUAGUUAUAUGCGUGAUAUAAGUCAAGAUUUAUUACGUACAAUGAAUACAUGGUUAACAUUACCAAAAUUAACUGAACAAAGUAUACAAAUUGUUGCUAUAAGAGAUCUAUCAAUUGCAUUAGCUAGUUGUGUUUAUCAAUCACUUUGUCAUACGAAUGAAAAUCAAACAAGUGAACGUAUUGCUGUUGAAUCAUUUUUAAAAUCAUAUCUUUAUCGUCGAGAAUCAGUUCGAUUACAUAGACGUAAGAGUGUAACAGCAUUAAUUGAACGAGAAGCACCAACAACUGCACCAAAAGACUGGCCAGGUAUAAAAAUCUUUACAAAUUUAAUUAAAGAUCAAGAAAAUAAUUUAACGAAAUUAAGAAUUCUUUUAAUUGAAAUUCUUAUUGCUGUUUAUAUGUCAUUAUUAAUUUAUGCGCUAUCAACGGAUGAUUGUAAUACAUUAUAUCGAUUACUUGUACGAAAAUGGUCAACACCUGAAUUAGCUGUUAAAUUAUGGUAUGGAGUUUUUGGUGGAGGAGCAAAAAAACCUAAACCAAAUCCAGCAACUGCAGUUUUAUCAACAUCACCUGAUCAAAAUAAUGAAAUGUCUGUAUCACCAUCAACAAUAGAUCGACGUGCAGGAGUUAGUUCCUAUGUACAAAAAGUGGUAAUACCCAAUAAUAAUCCACAACAACCAUCGUAUGUCGAAGUUUUUAUUCCACCACGUGCUAGUAUUGUUAACUAUUUUAUGGCAAAAGUUUCGUCAAAUCAGGGAUAUAAUACCGAGGAUAAUGAUGGAGAAAUAAGUGAUGCGGAUGAGAAUGAUGAGAAUGAGAAUGAAGAUGCUUAUGAUUCAACAACAAAUGAUGAUGAAUUAACAACAAAACAAAAACAACGUAAAAUUCAAGAACGUGAACAUACUGAUUCAAUGUCUUAUUCUUGGGUUCUUAUGCGUUAUACAAUUGUUCGACUUGUCUACAAACGUCUUUGGUCAUUUUUUCCUCAUAUUGGUAUUGAAAAACAAGAGAUUCCAAGUGUUUCACCAUUAAUUCAACAAUUUUUACAAAAUCUUAAUAUCUGGCAAGAUUCACUUCGACGUACACUUGACAGUUUUAAUGUUCCACCGGAUAAUUAUUUACCAUUAGGUGGUAUUAAUAAUAAUGAUGAGCAAACAACUACUUUACCUAUACAUCGAUAUCGAACAAUACUUGAUCCAAAUAAUACUCCAUUUUCAAAAUCACCAGCAGCAUUACCAGCUAAACGUCUUUGGACAUAUUUAGUUAACGAUGAACAAUCACAAGGAGUAUUUAUUAAAUAUAUAUUUAAACGACGAGUAACAACACCAAUAAAUCCACCAAUAAAUAAAUUUGGUGAUAAAUCAGACACUCGAACAACAAUGGAAAAUCUAUUAGAAAAUGCAACAGCAACACCAUCAAAUUCAAAGAUUAUUUACCGAGAUCCAGAAUCAAUUCCAUCAUUUUGUCUUAAUAGUAUGAAUCCAACUUUAUUGGCCGCUGGUUUAUCUCGUGAAAUAAUUGAAUUAGAUGUAUCAAGUAUAACAUUAACAAAUGAAACAUAUGAAUUAUCAGAUGAUGAAAAUGAAGUAUCACCAUCAUUACUUCCGCAAACAUCAGCAAUGCUUAAUCGAGAUACAACAACUAAUCGACCUCCAUCACUUCGAAUGCCAACAAUGGGUGCUUAUGUACCAAAUAUGUAUUUAACUCAAACAAAUACGCUAGCAACUACAAAUGGAAAUACUGAAAGUCAACAUGUUCUUACAAAUCGACAUCCUAUUAAAGAAAGUAAAAAAUUUGCAAACCAUCCAGUUUUACCUCAUUAUCUUACGGGAUGUUCUGAUGGCAGUGUUUAUCUUCUCAAUUGGUCUCAUGAUUCUCAACCUCGACAAGUUCGUGAAGCUAAUAAACGCGUAACUAAAAUUGAAUUAAGCAAUGAAGGAAAUAAGUUUGGUGUAACAGAUAUCGAAGGAAAUUUAUCUUUACAUGUUUUAUCAAGUAAUCGAUCAACAGUUUAUACACGUUUAUUAACUCAUACAAAAAGUGCAAAUGAUUUUGUUUUUCUUGAUUCUUCAACAUUAUUAGCAACAUGUGGAUUAUCAAAUGAUCAACAAAAUGUUGCUAUUUGGGAUACAUUAAUGCCAACAUCACGUGCAAAUAUAACUUCAUUCGCAUGUCAUGAAACGCAUGGUGCACAAUGUUUAGCAUAUUCUCAAUCAAAUCAAUUAUUAAUAUCAGGUGGUAAACAAGGAGAUAUAUGUAUAUUUGAUUUAAGACAAAGAAAACGUUUAGCAACAAGUCAAGCACAUGAUUCACAUUUGAAAACAUUUUGUUUAGAUCCAUUAGAAAAAUAUUAUGUUACCGGAUCAGCAAAAGGAAAUAUUAAAAUAUGGCGUUUACUUGGUUGCGAAUUAGUUCAUUGUUAUUAUGGUGAACAUUUUCGACGAGGAUUUUUACAUUCACAAAUAAGUGGUGUUAAUCAUUUGCAUUUAACAACUAGUCGUCACUUAUUUUCAUCAGGUGCUGAUGGUACAAUAAGUGUUCGAGAUAUAUCACAAUUUGAUCAGAAACAGUAG